GCAGCUGUAUUAGCUAAAGAGUCAAAUGAUUGAUUAGCCUCUCUUUAUAAAAGCGAUUUGGGUGUUCUUGGGAAAAGGGUGCGAUACUUCGUGGUCGGAGAUAUCCACCAUAAAUACACCAUAAAUUGGUAAAGCUAACCGAGCGUUAACCACAUCUCUCUCUCUCUCUGGACUUUUGAGUGUAUACAACUAUUGUUCAAGAAAGGAAGACUAAAGAUGGUAGCAGAGAUGGAGGUGGAAAUGGAGAGGGGGAGUUCUUCAGGUCAGAGUGAAGAGAACCAGAAACUAGUUCCAAGAAGACGAAAGGGCGGCAUCGUAACCAUGCCAUUCAUCUUAGCAAAUGAGUCGUUUGAGAAAGUGGCUAGCUAUGGGUUGUUGCCAAACAUGAUAUUGUAUCUGAUCACAGAAUACAAGAUGGGGGUUACCCAAGGGACCGACAUACUCUUUUACUGGUCAGCAGCUACCAAUUUCAUGCCAGUGGUUGGGGCUUUCGUAGGUGAUUCUUACUUUGGUCGUUUCCUCACCAUUGGUAUUGGUUCUAUCAUCAGUUUCACGGGGAUGGUCCUCCUUUGGUUGACGGCGAUGAUUCCGGGGGCAAGGCCUGCUUCGUCUUGCAAAUCAGCAGCAGGGGUAGGCUGCAAAUCAGCCUCACCAGCCCAGUACGGUCUCUUGCUUUCCUCAUUUGCAAUCAUGUCCAUUGGAGCUGGUGGCAUUAGACCAUGUUCCAUAGCAUUUGGUGCAGAUCAGAUCGACAAAAAAAAUCCCAACUAUGAAAGGGUAUUGGAGAGCUUCUUCGGCUGGUACUAUGCCUCAGCACUUAUUUCAGUUAUGAUUGCUUUAACAGCAAUUGUUGCGAUUCAAGAUAGCAUGGGAUGGAAAGUGGGUUUUGGAGUUCCUGCAAUUCUUAUGUUCUGCUCGACUAUAUUGUUCUUCGUUGCUUCUCCUCUUUAUGUCAAAAUGAAAGUCUCCAAGAGCUUGUUCAUUGGGUUGGCACAGACUAUAGUGGUUACUUUUAAGAACAGAAAACUUGCCUUCCCACCUCAGGACUCAACUGGGUCUUACCAUCACGAGAAGGAUUCAGAACUUGUAGCGCCAUCUGCUUACCUAAGGUUCAUAAAUAAAGCUUGCAUCAUUAAAAAUCCAGAAGACAUUACCCAAGAUGGAAUAGCUGCAAAUCCAUGGAGUCUUUGCACUGUCCAGCAAGUUGAAGAGUUAAAAGCACUCGUCAAAGUCAUCCCAAUGUGGUCUACUGGAAUUAUGUUAUCAAUAAACAUGAGUCAGAGUUCGUUUCCUUUGCUUCAAGCCAAAUCCAUGGACAGACGUUUCAUUUCAAACUUUAAAAUUCCGGCAGGCUCCUUUGGAAUGUUUACAAUUGCCUCUUUAUUUAUCUGGGUGGUUCUCUACGAUCGGGUAAUCCUCCCGCUUGCAUCAAAGCUGAAAGGAAAACCAGUGCGUCUUGGUGUCAAAGAAAGAAUGGGGAUUGGACUAUUUUUCUCCACCAUGUCCAUGGUAGUUUCUGGUAUAGUGGAAAAUAUUCGACGGAGAAAAGCAAUCGAUCAAGGGCUUCAGAACAAUCCUAAUGCAAUUGUGGACAUGUCUGCUAUGUGGCUUGUGCCACAAUAUGCAUUGAGUGGAAUAGCUGAGGCUUUCAAUGCCAUAGGCCAGACAGAGUUCUAUUAUACUGAGUUCCCAAGGAGUAUGUCAAGCAUUGCCUCAUCUCUUGUUGGGUUAGGGAUGGCUGUGGCAAACUUGUUAGCUAGUGUAAUACUCAACACUGUGGACAAUGCUACAAAAAAACACGGGAAAGAGAGUUGGGUAUCGACUAAUAUCAACCAGGGCCGCUAUGAGAACUACUACUGGCUUCUUGCUGUAAUGAGUCUUGUCAAUAUGGUCUAUUUUGUGUUUUGUAGUUGGUUGUAUGGACCUUUGCAGAAAACUUCCAGACUUCGAAGGAAAGAUGAUAUAGAAAAGGAGGAGGAAUGAUCUCAACUAAAGCCUGGAGUUUGGGAUGAAUUAUUGGAAGAACACUGGGAGAAUUACUAUUGGCUUCUUGACAUGAUGAGUUUUGUCAAUUUGUUCUAUUUUAUUGUUUGUAGCUCUGGGUCCUGGACCUCUGCAGAAAAAUUCCUAGCUUGGAAUGAAGAUUUUUUUACAGUAGGGAAGAGGAAUGAUCAGAAACUAGGGACAGAGAGUUCCAGAUGAUGAAUAAAACAAUACUAAGGAGACAGAGGAGUAAACUAUAGUGUUAGCUAUUGCCAGCUUGAUUUGGUUGAGUGCUGGUAUGAUUGUUGUACCUAUUGUAUAUCUCUAUCUAGUUAGAUAAUAUAUUAUUAUAGUUUUUGGAAUUUUCAUCUCUCUUGUGGAUCUUUUG